AUGGCUCAGCCAACCUCCAGCAACUUCCUCAUCAGCCUCGAUGGCGAGGAGCUCCAGGUCUCGGAGACUGUCGGCAUGAACUACCUCCUUCAGGCGGCUUUUGCACUCGCUUCCCAGAAGGGUGCCGAUGUCAACGUUCACUACUCUGUGGCCAAGCGCCAGUACCGCAUCUCGCGCAAGGACUCGGGUCUCAACUCUGACCUUUUCCUGCUCACUGAAGUCAAGCACAUGGACCCUGUCGUCGCUGAGAUUAUCGGUUACGACCUUUCGGCUGAGAUGACCACUGAAAUGCCUGGCACUCCUGUCAAUACUCAAGGUGCCACUACCAACACUGCUGCUGCUGCUUCGGCUAUUGAUCAGCCCCAUGAGCGUAUUCCUCGCCCCAAGAAUGCCUGGAUCAUCUACCGCCAGAACAAGUCCAAGCAGCUUCGAAAGGUUGACAAUACCCUCACCGCUGCUGAGAUUUCUCGCAUCGUCUCCAAGAUGUGGAAGAACGAGAAGACCGCCGUUAGACAGUACUUCGCGAACUUGGCUGCUGAUGAGGACGCCAAGCACAAGGAGCUGUACCCUAACUAUCGGUACAAUGCGACUCGCGCUGCUCGUGGCCGUGCUCGGGCUCCUAAGCAGCUUUUGUCUGCUCAUGAGCUUCACACGGAUGUUGCCAAUGAGGUCUUGGUUCCCUCUGCCACUGACCUGGCUGUUCUUUUCGGCGCCGCUUGA